GUUCGAUUUGCGUCCGACUUUUCUCCUCGCCGUACAAAGUAUCGCAAGGCACACAAAGGCAAAAUCCCACUUCCCACUGGUGGAUCCACAAAGGGUACCAGCGUUGAAUUUGGAGAAUACGGCUUGCGCAUUACUGAGGGAGCUCGCUUGACAUCCAGACAGCUGACAGCAGUACAUAAUGCAAUCCGUCGAAAGAUCAAGACAGUAAAAGGAUCGCAAAUGUGGAUGCGCGUAUUCCCUGACAUUCCAGUUACCAGCAAAGGAAAUGAAGUGCGUAUGGGUAAAGGAAAAGGUACAUUUGAGUACUGGGCCUGUCGUGUUCCUCUCAACCGUAUCAUUUUCGAAAUCGGUGGUUUGCGUAAGGAGAUUGCUAAGGAAGCUUUCCGUCUUGCCAGCCAUAAGUUGCCUGUCAAGACUGAGAUGGUUGAGCGUGGCACCAAACCCAUUGUUGGA